AUGACAAUAAUCUCAGAAGAAGAAAAUGGACAUGAUUUCAGUGCAAAGGAGGAAGACUGGGGAUUUCUAUCUUUCAUGGAGUUAACUGAUCAUGAUCCCGAAAGGGGGUUUAUUUUAAAUGAUGCUUGUAUUGUUGGUGCUGAAGUUUAUGUCUGCAAUUCAAGCCAUGAAAAAAAAGUAAAUCAACCUGUUAAAUUAACUGUAUCCUUAAGUCAAGCCAUUGAAGUGGAAGUCUCAGUCCCAGAGCUUGAAGGUACAAAUGUUGAAACUCUUUCACCAGUUUCUAAAGUAGUUUGCAAUGAAUCUACUAAACAAGCUGAUGUAGAGUUAGUGUUUGCUGCAUUAGGGAGAGUUAUCUAUUUCCUUAAGACAAGAAAAGUGAAAGACAUGAAUGAUCAAGCUUGUAAGGAACUUCAAGUUUUAUGGGAUGAGCUUAAGAAAUUUCAAUUUGAUGUUACUUGGCUAGAGCCCCAUGUUAAAUAUGCUUUAGGAGUGAAAAGUUAUGUUGAGAAAGCUCUGGAGGCUGAAAAGUUGAAGGAGAAUAUGGUAGUACUCGAGCUUGGAAUGGAGAGGCUAAAGGCAAAAUCAUUUGCAGCUGAGGUAAAUCUUGACGCAGAAACAAACUUGUUGAAAGCGAAAGGCUUCGUAAAAAUAGAUUUAGACUCUCAAUUGGAAUAUGUUUGAAGUCCGUAGAUCUCUAAGCUAAAUUUAAAUUGAUUUCAAUGUCUUCA